AUGCCGUUCACCUGCUCUGAUAUCAUCAAGAUCAUCUUCGCCAUCUUCAUCCCCCCUCUGGGUGUAUUCCUCGAGCGCGGAUGUGCCGCCGACUUCUGGAUCAACAUCCUCUUGACCAUUCUCGGCUACAUCCCCGGAAUCAUCCACGCUCUCUACGUCAUCUUCAAGUAUUGA